AUGGUCAAUUGGAGUAUGAUUGGUGCAAUGGUGCUGCCAAAUGCCGGUGGCUGGCUCGGAGCUUUGACUAUGUCCGGGCAAGUUAGAUCUAAGACUGGAAUAUCCUGGUAUGAUACAAUAAAAAAACCAAGUUGGAAUCCUCCAAAAUGGGUUUUUGGACCGGCCUGGACCAUUCUAUAUACAAGUAUGGGAUAUGCCUCUUAUAAGAUUUAUGAAGAUUGUGGAGGUUUUACAGAGAAAGCUGUAUUGCCACUAUCUUUAUACGGCAGUCAAUUAUUGUUAAACUGGACUUGGAGUCCGGUGUUUUUUAAAUAUCAUAAAAUAGGUUGGGCUUUCGUACAUAUAGUAGCAUUAGACGUAAUGGCCGCUGCCUGUUCGUUUAGCUUCUACAACAUCAAUCAAAAUACUAUAUAUUUUAUGUCGCCGUAUCUAGCUUGGCUUAGUUUCGCGUCUUUGCUCAACUAUACUAUAUGGAAAAUGAACAGUGAUGACAAAGGUACCAUUAAACCUCUAUAA